UUUUGCGCUCUCUCGCCACUGUCUUUUCUCUGUCUGUAUUUGGUUCGUUUUGAGAGUAACAAUGAAUGAAGGGCUAAAACGCAUCCUUUGUUGAGCUCAACGGUAAAGAACUACUUUUGCCUGGUUUCUCUUUCUUAAGUUGAAGGAAAGAAAGGAUUCUUUCCUUCAGUUGAUAGUUCGACUCAGAACCUGAAAAGAGUGCUUUUGUCCAUUUGACAAAUUGUUAAUAUUGAAUUUAAUAUUAAUUUAACUUGAUUAAGUUCAUCUAUUUGACCAUUAAGUUCACCUGAUUGCUUAUCCAUUUAUCUAGUAUUGAACCUUGAUUUUCGUCAACUUCAUCCUAAUCAACUUCAUCUUGAUCAACUUCACCUUUAACCAACACCAUCUUUAACCAAUACCAUCUUUAACAAACAUCAUCUUUCACCGACAUCAGCCACUGGACUAAUCUCUUCACUGUUCAUUCAGAUUGACUUUACUAUUCUAAUUGAUAUUAAAAAUUACUAAUAAACCUUCCCCAUACUUGACCAUUUAACCUCAGAACUUGUUCAAUUAACACUCUCAUUCGUAUUAAAUUCAAUUCAGUUCUGUAACCAGGAUUUACUGUUCAACAAAUAACCUGAAAACAUUAUACAUAUUUUUAACUAAAUACAUUACAUAUAUAAUAAAACUGAUCGGAAAAUAGGCAACUUUUGACAUCCUCCUUUAUUGUAAAUUUAUUUAUUUUGUAACGAUUAAGAAGCACAUUAGAAAUUAAACUUGAAUAAAACAAAACACACUUUACCAUACAAACAACAUAUGUUUUCUCCAGCUUUUUCCGCCAUCUAGUUUCUCUAAUAUUAACCCAUAUUAAACCAAUGUAAACCUACCUAUCAUUAAACAGGUAACCAUAUCAACAUUUGUAAACAUAAAUUAAGUUACCAAAAACCUCACUGAUCAGAUUAAUGUAAUUUAUGCCAUACUUAUUGUAGCCAUUGACUAUAUUUUAAACAUACCAAAACCAGCCUGUACAACCCAAUGCUCCAUAGGGACAUAUAUAUGAAGGAAACCUAAAAUGAUCAGUUGAAUAAAGUUCAAUUUCAAGUUAACCCUUUCUCUCCAGUGCUGCCCUCUCUCGACACCCAUAAUAUUCAACUAGCAAAUAUGCAAUUCAUCGAGCAAGAACCCUGUUUCGACCCCUCGCUGGUUCAUCCCCCUUCUUCACCUAGUAAUUGGUUUGGUGGCGCUUUCUCUGGAGACGAAGACGAAUCUUCCGCUUCUCAAUCUGGUAAUCAGCCUGGUGGUCGUAUUGCAGUCUCUGGUGGAGGUCUUAGGUAUAAUCUUCCGCCUCGUCAGUCUGGUCCAGCUCCCUCUGUUGGUCCUAUUCGUCCUCCAGUCGCUCCAGCUACAACUAUAGUUCGUCCUCCGAUAUUCCUUGGCCCUUAUCAACAUUGUGGUAAAUCUGUGGCUCCAUCUGGUCCUAGUGUUGGUCCUUGUCGUCCUUCUACUGGCUCAUCUCGUCCUCUUGGUAGUCCGAUUCGUCCUCUUGGCCUCUCAAACUCUCCUGUAAAGGUUCCUGGUCCAUCUUCCUCAACUUCUGUUCUUCCUCUUACUAAGAACCAGAAGAAGCAUGUGCAAAAGCGUUCCUUGCAACGACAUCGAUUGAACGCUGAACUCACGGGUACCAUCUCAUCUACCCUUGAGAAUCAUCUGGCCAGACACAAACGCCAAGCAGAACAUCGUGCAGCCGCCAUAUUCAAAACUGGUAUCAAAGAAGCAGCCAAAGCUUCAGCAGCAGAGAACCAUACACCAGCUAACUUCUUUGAUUCAAGUAGCAAUCACCAAGAAUACAAAGACCAACUUCCUCAUCGUGUCCUUUCAAGAGAUUUCCUUUCUCGAGCUGAAAGUAUCGCCUCUCGUGCCCUCCAAUUUAACUCUCGUCUUUCUUCUUACGCUCCCACUUCCCAAGAAACUGUAAAUAAUCCUCGUGAUUAUAUCCACAAAAUUGUAUACAAAGUUGUAUUGUAAAUAAGUUCAAAAUGAC